CUGACUUUGUCACUGAGAACGUGUCCAAGGUAUUCCCACUAGUAAGUGAACAUGGUGAAAGCUUUAUACCCACGUCGCAUGCUGCACCAUUUUGCACGUGGCACUUUGCAAUUGUUUAAAUGUUACGUUCACUACUCACAGGACACUUACAAUCAUUUAUCCGUGCCGAGAUGGCAUCACUUGUUACUCGGCGGGAGUGAAUCUCCUUCAAGUUGGUCCCUGAUGCAUUGAUCAAUCAAUCGGCGCUAUCAGCACUAGUUGACAUAUUGGAAUAAUUCGAAAAUGCGCUUUUUCACCCUUGCAUCAGUUACCGAGUUGUAGGCUCUGACGACGUCCACAGGAUGGAAAAGACUCUGCAUGGCUCCCCCUCGUCAGACACGAUGAAGGACGUCGAUCGUUUCGAAGAGAUCUCAGAUGCAGAGAAAGCUCGUCUUGAAGGGACUGUCUGGAGGAAGUUAGAUAUAUGGGUGCUGCCCGUCUGCACUAUGUUCUAUCUCCUCUCUUUCCUUGACCGGAGUAAUAUCGCAAAUGCUCGGGUUGCUGGCAUGCAGACUAGUCUCAAGAUGACCAACUACCAGUACAGUAUUGCUCUGACCAUGACAUAUGUCCCGUACAUCGCCGCAGAGUUCCCUUCGAACUUGCUGUUGAAGUAUGUGGGACCACGGUGGAUGCUGCCAACCAUGGUCACUAUAUGGGGCCUUGUGGCAACCAUGCAAGGCGUUGUGAAGACUUACUCGGGUCUGCUGGCCUGUCGAUUCUUCUUGGGUCUCAUGGAAGGUGGUCUGUUCCCUGGUCUUGUGCUUUAUAUGUCUUUCUUCUAUCCAAGAGAGAGAAUGCAGAUCAGGGUUGCCACGUUCUUCGCAUCUGCGUCGCUCUCUGGCGCAUUUUCUGGUCUGCUGGCAGCUGCUAUCAUGAAUCUUAAUGGGAAGGGUGGGAGACCUGGAUGGGCUUGGAUCUUCAUUCUUGAGGGAAUCUUUACGUUUUUGUUUGGAUUGACAGCCUUCCUGCUCCUUCCUAACUCCCCGUGUACUGCGCGCUUCUUAUCUACGAAGGAACGCAACUAUGUCAUGGCUAAAUUGAAGGCGGAUGGUGCCGUUGCUGAUGACGACAAGAGCGAUGGCUUCAGUUGGAUUGAGGUGAUUCGGUGCUGUCAGUCAAUUCAUGUCUGGCUGUUGGCGCCUGUUCUGUUUUUCAUGGGUACAACAUUGUAUGGCCUCGCUUACUUUGAGCCCACGAUCGUUGCUGGUCUGGGUUACACCGGUAAUAAAGCACAGCUGAUGAGCGCACCGCCCUUUGCGGUUGCGUUUGUAGUCUCGAUGAUCACUGCAGUGAUAUCGGAUCGGUACAAAUGCCGUGGCUUCAUGCUUAUCUUCUUCUCUAUUUGUAACCUUGUCGGAUUCAUCAUGUUCUAUGCGAGCAAAUCACAUCAUGUACGUUAUGGAUCACUCUUCCUGACUAUCAGCGGGUCGUACUGCGGCGCUCCGCCGGUCAUCACAUGGGUAGCGAACAACAGUGCACCACACGUCAGACGGGCAACUUCUGUCGCUAUUGCAUUUAUCAUGACUAACUCCGGUGGCAUCCUGGCCACCUGGCUUUUAGGCUCCUUGUCUCCUGCACCCAACUAUACAAAAGCUACGAUCACCUUCAUUAUCAUGUCAGUGGGCAUGGUAAUACUGUCUUUCAUCACCCUCGCGUACUUUUGGCACCAGAACCGCUUAAAGGCCGACAGGCGGCAGUUUAGCACUCCUGAGGAAGAACCCAAAGGCCUGGGCGAUAAAAGUGCCUGGUUUGUUUAUAACUUGUAGAAGACUUGCAGCAAGAAGAGUUGUUACAUGCUACCCCUAGUUACGAAGAUAACUGUAGAUAACUUAUAUUCAUGAUUCUUGUUUGCUUUGUUGGUAUGUCGCUACUGUAGACAUUCCUGCCACAUCGUAAUCGCCUCCUCUACCACGUCAUCAUAAUGAAAAUGAUUUGAGCUGCGGCGAAAAAGAGGAGCGGUUGCAGCUCAUUGUACGUACAGUACUAAAAGUGACAAAAGAUUCUGCCCCAGUGAGGGUCGAACUCACGACCUUCCGAUUGCGCUUAACAGUCGGACGCUGUGACCAACUCAGCCA